AUGCAUUUCCCAUGGAAGAAAAGAAAAGUAACUCGUAUCUCACGGCUGGUUGCCGGCCUCCUCCUUUCCCCCAAACGCGGCGGAUCCCUUGUGGUGGAGACUGGGUUUCCGACCUCCCUCGUUGAUCUUUUCGUCAAGAACCGUGAUCGCUUCCGGAAAUCCUCUAAAACGAAAUCCAGUUCGAUUUCCACCCAUCCACUCCCUCUGUCUCCCCCGUCUCCCUGCAAUGAAACCCUACAAUCUCCUGACAUGGAUGUGGUGAAACAGUAUCUAUUACCAGAAGAAAACGAUGAUGAGAGGAUUCCCUUCCAUGUGGUGCUUAAAGUUUCUUUAAUGGUGGCUCUCGCUGUUAGUACCAGAAGCCUUGCGAUUUGGAUCAUGCUGGCUGCACUCUUACUUGUGAUAAUUGAGUUUUCUAAGACCCUUUUCUUCUAUCCUACGAUUCGAAUGGGUUUGAAAUCAAGAACAGAUGAAUUGGUUGCUAAACAACGAGGAACUGAGUUGCCUGAUCCUUGUGAGUUGGUAGUUGAGUUGAAAAAGGAAACGGAAGCCAUAACAUGUAAGAGUGAGCGUAGUCGGAGUUCAAGAAUCAAAACCAGUUUAAUCAAGAAAUUUGUUCCUAAGAAGUUUCGCCAUGGAAAGAGGAAGAAGCAAGGGAAGAGUAACAACAAGGGUAAAGAACCAAGUAGUUAA